AUGGCUACGCCCCUCGAAAGCAGUGGUGUCUUGGCUGGAGACGAGAUCCGGCCUUACCGUAUUCAUGUUUCAAGUAAAUAUCUGGAUCUGACAAAACAGAAACUGGAACUCACCAGGUUACCUCAUGAGACCUCGGAGCCAAAGUCCCAGGACUGGUGGGAACCGAAACCCCAGAUCGAGCCGUUGGUCGACUUCUGGCUUGAAAAGUACGACUGGCGCGAGCAAGAGAGACUCUUCAACGCGCAACUCCCCCAGUUCCGCACAGCCGUCCUCAUCCCCGGCUCGGAGUCGUCCGUCAGGUCUCACUUCGUCCACGCCAGGUCGCCGCAUGACCGCGCCGUCCCUCUUCUCCUGAUACCCCCGUUCCCCUUCACAAACCUCUCCCUCCAACACCUCAUCCAGCCUCUCACGGAACCGAAAGACCCGGAGACCCAGCAGCCGUUCCACGUCGUCAUCCCCUCUCUGCCCGGUCUCGGUUUCAGCGAUGCGCUCCCGAGCAACACGCCCGUCGUCUCCGCCUCGGCCGAGAUUCUCAACACCAUCAUGUCGAGACUCUCGUACUCGUCUUACGUCGUCUCGAAUACGGCGUCGGCCGCCUCGAGUCCCGCGGAAAUCGACUGGAAACUCGCGAAUCACCUGGCCACCCACUACUCGAGCAACUGCCUGGGCGCUCACUUCAUCAACCCCCCUCUCGCGGCCCCGGGUCUGAAGGAGGCGCCUUUGGCGUGGAUGAAGUGGUCGAUCGCGAAGUUCCUGCGCGCUCCGGUUUUCGGGUACCAGGCCGAGGACUUUCAGUCUCUGGACCGGGUCGAACGGUCGUCGACGUCGCACAAGCCGGGAGCGACGGACGUGCUGGAACCGAACACGCCGUCUUUCGCCCUGUGUGACUCGCCGGUCGGAUUGCUCGCGCUCGUCCUCAAAGUCAUCCGCGUGCUGGGAACCAAGAAGGAGUUCUCGCUGACCGAGAUCAUCACGUUCACGCAGGCGGCGUGGCUUCCGGGGCCGGAGGCCGCGAUGCGCUUCUGGGCUCACUGUCUCGCACACGAGGAGAAGACGGACACCAGGUCGGCAGCGAAGCCGAACAUGGCGAUAACUGUGUUCUCUGGAGACGACGGGGAUGGACGGCCGACUGACGUCGAGGCCCACCCUGUUUCGCCCCGGCCGGCUCCGAGCUCCUACGCAUGUCCGGCUUGGGCCAACGUAUCCUAUAACCUACUCUACGCCCGCCGAGCGUCAGGAGUUCCGGGCCUGGUCGCCUGGGACUCCCCGGAGUACAUCUUCGAGGGUGUCAGAGGAUUGACCAAAGGCUUACUCGCCAUUAGCGACAAGUUGAGGAAUCCCACGCAGGCUACCACCGCGCCUCUCCAGGGAGUCACGGUUCAGUCCGAUUCCCCGUCAGGCGCGAAGCAAGGAGGGAUUGGCCAGGGAGCGGCUGGAACGGUGCCGUCCACUCCCCAGCCGGAGGCUUCGUGGCGUCUCGAGCGGAUACGCGAGGCUUCGGAGACGCCUGGGAAGUCUCAGAAGGACGGCGGGGGAGGCGAUGCGGAUUUCGAUCAGGCUAGUCCUGAUACUAUCGUGGUUACUCCUCCGGGAAACUGA